UCUGGCUCUGAUGCAGCAUGCAGUCUGCAGAGUAAUUGAUUUAAGUUAUCGUAAAUAAAAGUUCAGAGUAUAAAGUUCAAUACUGCCUCCAAAACAAAGUGAAGUGGAAGUAGCAGAAAAUGGAAAUACUCAAGUGAAGUACCUGAGAAGUGCUCUUAGCUGCAGUACAGCUGUAAGGUGUCUUCUGUCCUGCAGGGGGCAGUGAUGGGCCCAGUGGCCUGUAAACUGUCAGAAACCGUAGAAGAAGAAGUAAAACUGGGAAAGAGGAGGAGGUGAGGGAUCACUGCAGGCUCCGGACCUCUGCGGCACAAUGGGUCGCAGUGAGGAGCUCAGUGACUUCCAGCGGGGCACCGUGGUCGGCUGCCACCUGUGUAAGAAGUCGGUCCGGGAGAUUUCGGCCCUGUUGAACCUGCCCCGGUCCACCGUGAGUGCCGUCAUCCUCAAGUGGAAACGCGGAGGGAUAACGACGGCUCUGCCCCGGAGCGGCCGGCCGCACAAGCUCAAAGAGGAGGACCGUCAAGUGCUGGAGAAAGUGGCGCUGGGGAACUGCCUGCCCUCGGUGGAGGCUCUCACCACCGAGUUUCAGACCGCCUCCGGGGCCAAAGUGAGCUCCAGGACCGUCCGCCGGGAGCUCCACGAGAUGGGCUUCCGUGGGCGGGUCUCCACGUACAGCAGGUCUGCAGGGGAGAAAGCGGAGACGAGGCAGUCAGGUGAAGAUGGAGCCAACGUGGACGUGUCUCGCCUGGACCUGCGUGUCGGCUGUGUCAUCACAGCUCUGCCGCUUCCAGACGCCGACAGUCUUUACGUGCAGCAGGUGGACGUCGGAGAGGCUGCUCCCAGGACAGUGGUCAGCGAGCUCGUCAAGCACGUACCUGUGGACCAGAUGCAGAACCGCAUGGUCGUCCUGCUUUGUAACCAGAAGCCGGCCAAGACGAGAGGAGUGCUGUCGCAGGCCGUGGUCAUGUGUGCCAGCUCGCCAGAAAAGGUGGAAAUCCUCGAUCCUCCGGGUGGAGCGGCACCAGGGGACAGAGUCACUGUCCAGGGCUUCCCAGGUGAACCGGACAAAGAGCUGAACCCCAGGACGAAGGUGUGGGAGCAGAUUCAGCCAGAUCUGCGCACGGACAGCCAGUGUGUUGCCACGUACAAGGGAGCUGCUUUUGAAGUUGCCGGCAAGGGAGCGUGCAGAGCCCAAACUCUGAGCGACGCCGAAAUCAAAUAAACUAACAGAGCUGCCGGAAAUAGCUACGUGAAAAUCCCUGCAGUCAGACAGGAUCCAAAGUGAGGACGCCCAGGAUUUUGGAGAGUCCAACAGGCACAUGGGUGUCGUGUUUGAGUGUUCACUGUACUUUUGUGUGCUGUCAGUGAAGAAAAAGUGACGGUGGAGCGCGUGUUGCCCUCCGUUGGACAGACAUGAACAUCACUGUUCCAUUUUUAUUAUGAAUAUCUUGAAAGUUCUGUGUUUGGCCACAGGAGGGCGCUACAGUUACCAUACUAAUGUACAGUACCUGCAUGGAGAGAAUGCAGAAGUGAGACAGAGACACAGGCAGCACACAGUCAUAACCAGCACGGUGAAAAGAAAACUUGAGUUAUUUCAAAGAAUCCCUUUUGUUUGGGAAACAUUUGAUAAGAUUUAAGGUUUUCCCAUGAUGCCACACAGUUUUCUUUUCCACUGAACCGUGGAUGAAACUCAACAGUGCAGAAUUCCCUUUCAAGAUGGGGACAUUUAAUAGGUUUGCUUUCUCAUCACUAGAUGUAAAUGAGUUGGAAAUGAGCUGGGAAAUUACUAAAGUGAGUAAUUUGAGGGACUUUUUCCUGACUAUAUAUAUUGUAAACAUGUGUACAGUCAGUUCUUUGAGCUUCUUUGGUUUAAGUCUGAUGAUGGAAAUGAGUCAGUGUAUUAUGUAUAUUGGCAUAAAUAGCCUGUGGGAAGUUUUAUCUGGAGGCUGUAUUAUGUCUGAAAUCAAGACAUUCCUACUUUUGUUACUUUGUUUCCCUGUAAAUUACAAAACUGACAGUUCUGAAUCGUUGAUUUGAAUAUAAAGACAAAUGUUUGUUAUUUACUGUUGCAUCAACAGAUGUUUUGUAUUCAGCCAGCUGUUGCGGAUAGUAAAACCAUAGCUUUUAUACAUACCUCCACAAGAAACAUAUCUGUGUCUCAGUAUCUAUCAUGUUCUGCUCAUAAACUUAUUUGUUAUCGAGGGGGAAAGCAUAAAAUAAACCAUGAACGUGUCUUUGUUUUCAAAGAAA